AUGACUAUUGAGUACCUCUGCAAGCCGGUACCGGCCAGGAUGUCAGAACACAGCUGCAUCUGCAUGGAUUGUGCACGAGGCAAUCCCGCAUCAGAAUGCGACCGCUGCUACCGCAUCCACAAGCAUACCGGCGAGGUCAACCAAAUGGACAGCCUGGCUCGCUGCCCCGAGAUCGCCACCCUCCUCGUCGGUCCGAACGAAACCAAGCUCACCUGCCACAAGGCCUUGCUGGGAUUCUACUCCAACGUGUUCGAGGCUUACAUCUAUACGGGCUCGCACAGCAGCCGCCAUGAGAAAGACGAGGAGCACGCGGUCAAACUGUCGCUCGAGCGACCCGAAGCAAUCGCGGUGUUCCUGACCUGGCUCUAUUCCGGCCAGCUGGAGUGCGAUAUCAGCGGCGAAGAGCUAUGGGCAUUGGGCGACCGUCUCCGCAGCCCACUUUUCUGCAACGAAGUCAUGCAUCUCCUCUACGCCACCUACGCCCACCGCGACAACUGGAUGACAGCCCAGAGCGCCUCAGUAGCAUUCGCGCAAGCCCCAGGCUCGCGGCUCUACGAAUUUGUCUGCGACUACCUGCGCGUCCAGGGCCCUCUGUGCGCCGCCGCUCUCCUCUCGCACGACGACGACGGGACGACGCGCCAGCUGUACGAGGGCGACUGGGACAGACUCAUCGCGGGCGGGGGCGACCUGGUCUUGUUCGUGGCCAAGCAUGAUGGCUUCGUCUAUGACUCGGGUCCGGAGCUGCCGCGGUACACUACUGGUAACAAGCAGGAGCACUAUCUGCUGGACGAGCAUCAUCGGAGCGUGGAUGCCUUCCUGGGAGGGAUCGAGGAUCAUGCGGGAGGUUGA